CGCACUGGACAAGCAGAAACGUUUCGAAAUGUUUUCUUGACCUAUAACAUCAAUUCUUCGAGAAUAAAGAGAUACCCAUCUUCUGUCUCUCCCUUCCUUAUUGGUACGAGAAACUAAAAAAAUAUAUCCUAUCUCUCAUCCCUCUAGUCUUUGGUUCUAUUCACUUGUAAUGACACAUUGGAAUAUUACCACAUGAUUUAUUACAAUGCCCCGUUUCUUGCAUAAAAACUCAACCAUGACAAUCUUCUUUUGCUUGUCCUAAACUUUAUUCAUCUUGCCUUAAUAUUCCUUUUCUUUAUUUCUCUCUUACAUUGAUGGAAGGCAUGGAAGAUCAAGAGGAACUUUUGAAUCUUAGCCUAGCAAUUGUUACAGACUCCAAUGGUGACAUGAAAAGGAAGAGAAAGAGAUCAAGGGCAGAUGUUUCCAAUCCUUUGAUGAAUACUUAUGAGGGUCGUAGUGAAGGGAAAAUAUUUAGGCUACUCCAAAUGAGGGAACAAAUGCUAAAACUAGACCAUAAGAGGAAAGGAGCUGUUGAAGAAAAUGGCAAGGGGCUUCAUUUGAUUCACUUGCUUCUUAUAGCUGCCACAGCACUUGACGAGAACAAUGUAGGCUCAGCCUUGGAGAAUCUAACAGAAUUGUAUCAAAGUGUCUCCUUAUCCGGUGAUUCGGUGCAAAGGGUCGUUGCUUAUUUUGCUGAUGGAUUGGCCGCAAGGCUCCUCGGCAAGAAAUCUCCCUUCUAUGAUAUGAUCAUGAAGGAACCAACAUGUGAAGAAGAGUUCUUGGCGUUCACAGAUCUUUACAGGGUGUCUCCUUAUUACCAGUUUGCUCAUUUCACUGCAAACCAGGCAAUCCUUGAGGCCUAUGAGAAGGAAGAAGAGAAUAACAACAGUUCAUUGCAUGUCAUUGAUUUUGACGUCUCCUAUGGCUUUCAAUGGCCUUCUUUAAUACAGUCUCUCUCCGAAAAGGCAAGCAGUGGCAACCGAAUUUCUCUGCGAAUAACCGGAUUCGGCAGAAGAAUAGAAGAAUUGCAAGAAACUGAGAGUAGAUUACUUAGCUUUGCGAAAGGGUUUCGCAAUCUAGUCUUUGAGUUUCAAGGGUUGUUAAGAGGGUCUAAGCUCUUCAACCUAAGGAAAAAGAAAAAUGAAACAGUUGCUGUGAAUUUAGUCUUUCAUUUGAAUACUCUGAACGAUUCUUUGAAGAUAUCCGACACAUUGAAAUCAGUACAUUCACUUAACCCCUCCAUUGUUGUCUUGGUGGAGCAAGAAGGUAGCAGAAGCCCAAGAAGCUUUUUGUCAAGAUUCAUGGAGUCUUUGCACUAUUUUGCAGCAAUGUUUGAUUCUUUAGAUGAUUGUCUUCCUCUAGAAAGCUCAGAGAGAUUAAGCAUUGAAAAGAAUCAUCUUGGUAAAGAUAUCAAAAGGAUGCUCAACUGCGACAAAGAUGAUGCAAACUGUCCAAGAUAUGACAAGAUGGAAACAUGGAAAGGAAGGAUGGAGGGCCAUGGAUUUGCAGGCAUUAAACUCAGCUCCAAGUCCUUGAUACAAGCCAAGCUUCUUUUGAAAAUUAGAACUCAUUAUUGUCCUCUUCAAUUUGAUGGAGAUUUUUGUGGUGGGUUUAAAGUUUUUGAAAGAGAUGAUGGGAAAGGUAUUUCUUUAGGGUGGCAAGAUAGGUAUUUAAUUACUGCCUCUGCAUGGCGUAUUUGUGCAUGAUAGUUACUUUGUUGUUCCCAUUUCCAGCUAACAUAUUCAUGAUUUUUGCAACUUGAAUCAAAUAAGAGUACUUAGUUUUGACAUGAUCA